AGGAGGGCCAUCAAGACUGUCAGAAUCACAGACCAAACCUCCUUCAGCUGAAACGCAGACCAAACCAUUUUCUCCUGAACUGGUUAAGCAGCGUGCAAAGGAUUUCAAGUCCAGUACUGUCAGUGACAUGGAGUUCCUGAAACUGGCCCAUGCUAUCGCUCCAUCUUACUACAACGCUGUAGGGAUAUCUCUAGGGUUCUCCUAUGCUCAACUACAGGCAAUCCUGGUUGAGAAUUUGAAGAACUACAUCAAUGCGUUACUGGAUGUGUUUAUGAAAUGGAAUGUCGUGCAGCAACCUCCACACUCAAAUAAACGACAGCUUUUGGCAGACAAACUUCGAGAGAUUGACUUAGAUGGCCUAUCGGACAGAUUACUCAAUGAACCUCUAUUUCCAAUCACCACAGGAGGGCCAUCAAGACUGUCAGAAUCACAGACCAAACCUCCUUCAGCUGAAACGCAGACCAAACCAUUUUCUCCUGAACUGGUUAAGCAGCGUGCAAAGGAUUUCAAGUCCAGUUCUGUCAGUGAAAUGGAGUUCCUGAAGCUGGCCCGGGAUAUCGAUCCAUCUUACUACUACGAUGUAGGGAUAUCUCUACGGUUCUCCCAUGCUGAGCUAAAGGCAAACCUGAUUGAGAAUUUGAAGAACUUCAAAAAUGCCUUACUUGAUGUCUUUAUGAAAUGGAAUGUCAAGCAGCAACCUCCACACUCAAACAAACGACAGCUUUUGGCAGACAAACUUCGAGAGAUUGACUUGGGUGGCUUAUCAGACAGAUUACUCAAUGGACCUCCAAUUCCGAACAGGACAGGAGGGCCAUCAAGACUGCUCGAAUCACAGACCAAACCACUUUCUUCUGAACUGGUUGAGCGGUGUGCACAUGAUUUCAAGUUCAAGUACAGGUUAACUUUCUGUAAGAUCAGAGCUGAUCCUCUCAAUCCUGCUUCCAUUGUGCCGUUUAAAGACAUGUACACCAAUCUCGUCUUACACAAAGAACAUGGGACAGAGAAGCGAAUGCUAGAUUACAAUGAUAUCCUUGAUCUCAAAGUCAAUGGAGAGUUCCCUAAGCGAAUAAUGGUUCAGGGAGAGGCAGGGACUGGAAAAACUACAUUUUGUGCUAAGAUUGCCUGGGACUGGAUGGAAGGGAGGCAAUUCAGUCACUUUGUAUGGGUCUUGAUUGUUCCUCUACGUGAAUUCAAGCAACACACUAUUGGCGAGAUUGCAAAGUCUUAUCUAGCCAAAAGCAAUCCAGCAACGGUUUCUCAGAUUACUGAGUAUAUCCGGUCAAAUCCUGACAAGGUAUUCAUCGCGUUUGAUGGGCUAGACGAAGUCAGUAGCAAAAUCGUGAAGACUGAAUCUUGUGAAUCACAGCCUACUGAUCAAAUGCAACUUCAGCCAUCACAGCUUAGUGUCACCUCCUCAGAGGCAUGUGGAAGCUCAUCUGAGACUGAUGAUAUUGGACUUGUAGAUAUUCUUUGUUCAGAUCAACUUGCCUCUUGCCCAGUCUUGGUGACCACUCGCCCAUGGAGAGCAGUAGAGAUUAGAUCAGAUGGUGAUCUAAUGAAGCAUUACACAUUCAUUCAUGUUGAGGGUUUCACCAGAGAGAGUUUGUCAGUUUACAUUCACAAAUACUUUCCAAAGAAUGAUGAUAAAGCAAAUCAUCUUAUCCAGUUCAUCAGUGAGAAUGAUGUUAUAUCUUUACACAUGGCCCACUAUCCUAUAUAUGUAGCCAUGUUGUGUCAUAUGUGGAAAGAAGUUGACGAGCAAAGACUAAAGGAAAUGAAAUCACUGGAAACUUUUUCUGAGAUAUUCAAAGAAAUGAUUGCCUUUCUAAAAGAAUAUUAUGCCCAGAAAAAGGUGAAGAAAGUAGGCAGCCCCUCACAUAUUGCCUAUAUGAAACAAAUUGAUAAGCUCCUCGAACCGAUUGCCAACCAGGCCCUCAAUGGUCUGCUAGAAAAUACCUUGGUUUUCGGUGAAGACGAUUUAGAAAUAUGCCUAGAAUCCAAGGACACUGCCUGUCGGGUCGGGAUUUUGUCUCAGGAGGACAGAAUUACAGCUGACAUGGAUACACAUGCAAGGAGUUCUCAUGUGCAAUUGCCAGUCUUCUUCCCUCACGAACUGUUUCAGGAGUACAUGGCUGGAAUCCAUCUUGCUUCCCUGUAUGAAUCAGAUCGUAAUGAAUUCAACAGGCUGAUUGAGCAAGUAUUGCUGCCAAGGAAGGAGGAGUUUAGGCAUCUCCUGUACUUCACUGUGUCACAGAACAAAAGUAUUGCAACCCAUGUAGUGAAGUCUAUGCUUCAGGGACUAAGCAUGGACUUGUGGGACAUAGAAGAAGAGUUACCUUUCAUUGUUGAUGUAGCCUUCGAGAGUCAGGACCCAGAUGUAGCAGCCUUACUGAAGGAGAGGGUUUCAUCAGAUGAGACUAAGCUGACUAUAUCACCAAACAUGACAGCACACACUGUAGCAGGUUAUGCAUUCAUUGGACCAAAUGUGGAUGAACUCAAUAUUGAGAGAGAUUGUGGACCUACCACGUCACUCCAUGUGGCAGAGAUGAUAUGCUCCAUGCCAUCCUUGAAGGAAGUUUUUCUACAUUGUGCAUUCCAUCAGGAUUUUUUUGCAACACUUGCAAGGAAAGGAAAAGAAUCAAAGGUAUAG